AUGAUAGUUCAGGAGCAGACUUCCUACAGAUAUGAAUCCUACUUCCCAUCAAACUUGAGUCCACAGGAGGUUGAUCAGCAGCAUCGGCUAAACGUCAGCUGGCGUGAGAAGAUCUGCCAAUGGUCUUACAAUGUCGUAGAUCACUUUGAUCUACCACGUGAGGUUGUUGCAGUUUCGCUUAGCCUCUUUGACCGAUACCUUGCAACGAGACACAACCAGUGCACUGGAAACAUGGCACUGCUCACAUCGCUGACAACUCUGCACAUUUCUAUCAAGAUCCAUUCUGAGAAAACUGUCAAACUCUCAACUCUUGCUUCCUUGUCUCGGGGCCAAUUUGGUCCUAGCGACAUUGAGCAAAUGGAGUGGAAGAUCUUUGAGGCAUUGGAUUGGAAGCUUCACCCUCCAUCACUCUUUGCCUUUAUUUCUCACUUUCUGAUGGUCUUUCCAUCGGAAGUGAGCCACUCUGUACGAAAGGAGCUGUUCGAAGUCGCUAUCUACAUUGCGGAACUAUCCGUAUGCGACUCAUCUUACGUACGAUACCCAUGGUCCACUGUUGCCAUGGCUUGCAUUCUGAAUGUAAUGGAAGAUCUUUCAUACAUCCGACUUCCACUUGCAGCACGUCAAGCAUUCUGGAACGAGAUCACGACUAAGACUUCGUUCCGUGAGACUUCAAGACUCCACUCUGCAAGACAACGGCUGAGGAGCCUAUUCAACUCGACUGUGAACUCCAUGACUUCCAUGGACCAAACUGUAACUUCGAGUCCAACCUCAACUACAGCAGAUCCUAUGCAGUUGGAUGAAAGUGCUUCUAUGAAAUACGGUGAUCAUCACCACAACUACGCGAAGGGCGACCGUUAUAGGUACUCUCCGUCACCCAAUGUUCGAUCGACUAUUGGAUCUUCACCGAUGCAAUACAGCACUACAACUACAACUACAUCGAUUGCAUCUCAUCCAAAUCGAUCCAUGCUUUCCUCAUCACCAAUUGUCACGCGAAAGUUCUGA